CAUUAACAUUACACCCCGCCCUUGAUGACCUACAUCAUCCCAUCACUAUUCACACACUACUAGGACGACCAUCCCAUUCUUAUUUUCCUUCUCUUGCUUCUUCUUCUUUCCUUCAGGGCCAAGUACAACAAUAUGGCCAAAGGAAAAUUAGCUUUGCUUUUGUUUUUGGUUGCAAUAACAUGUGUGAGUGCUGCAAAUUUAGACAAGCAUAAGGAAGAAGAAGAAGCUGAUAGAAUAGUAUCUCUGCCAGGACAACCCAAGGUGUCGUUUCAACAGUACUCAGGGUAUGUCACUGUCAAUCAAAUUGCUGGUAGAGCUCUCUUUUACUGGCUUACUGAAGCUGUUGAUGAACCUCUUUCUAAGCCUUUGGUUGUUUGGCUUAAUGGAGGUCCAGGAUGCUCUUCAGUGGCCUAUGGCGCGUCGGAAGAAAUAGGGCCAUUCAGGAUAAACAAGACAUCUUCAGGGCUUUACCUGAACAAGUUCUCAUGGAACAAAAUGGCCAAUUUACUAUUCGUGGAAACUCCAGCAGGAGUUGGUUUUUCCUACAGCAAUAGGUCCUCUGACCUCCUUGACACCGGGGAUUAUCGCACUGCUAAGGACUCACUACAAUUCCUUAUCCACUGGAUGGAUCGCUUCCCACGCUACAGACAUCGUGAAAUUUACAUCACGGGAGAGAGUUAUGCUGGCCAUUACGUUCCUCAGCUAGCCAGAGAAAUUGUCCAUUACAAUGCCAAUUCUAAGAACCCAAUAAACCUCAAAGGAUUCAUGGUGGGAAAUGCAGUGACAGAUAACUACUAUGACAACCUAGGAACAGUGACGUAUUGGUGGAGCCAUGCUAUGAUCUCUGAUAAGACGUACAAGCAAUUAGUGAACACUUGUGAUUUCAGGCGCCAUAAAGAAUCAAACGAGUGCGAAUCAUUGUACUAUUACGCAAUGGAUCAAGAAUUUGGGAACAUCGACCAGUACAACAUUUAUGCUCCUCCUUGUAACAAUUCUGAUGGUAGCACCUCAACUAGGCAGACCAUGAACUUACCGCACCGACCCUACAAGAUGUUCAAGCAGCUAUCAGGAUAUGAUCCUUGCACGGAGAAGUAUGCGGAAAUUUACUAUAAUAGGCCUGAUGUGCAGAAGGCUAUGCACGCGAACACAACAGGAAUUCCUUAUAAAUGGACAGCCUGCAGUGAGACUCUGAAUCGAAACUGGAACGAUACAGACGACUCGAUUCUUCCAAUCUACCGGGAAUUAAUUGCUGCUGGUUUGAGAAUUUGGGUUUUCAGUGGUGAUGUAGACUCAGUGGUACCUGUCACAGCGACAAGGAAUUCACUAGCACAGCUCAAGUUAUCCACCACAAUUCCAUGGUACCCUUGGUAUGUCAAGAAACAGGUGGGAGGCUGGACGGAGGUAUACAAAGGGCUAACAUUUGCAACAGUGAGAGGGGCAGGUCAUGAAGUGCCAUUAUUCAAGCCAAGGGCAGCUUAUCAACUAUUUAGCUCAUUUUUAAGAGGACAGCCACUUCCCAAGUCACGAUAGUGAUGACACUAAAUUCUUGUCUAUGAGUCAAAAAUGUAAUUUUCUCGACUCUUGGCUAAGAAUGCCAAGUUGAAAAAAAAAAGAAUUGUUUUCAACUUUUUAAAAGAGAAUUGAUGGGAAAGAGGUAGAGGCCUAGAGGGCGGGGUUUACAAUUAGGACUUUGGGAUGGAAAAAAAAAAAAAAAAAAAGGGCAUCAAUUUGCUGUAACAAUAUUAGGUCGAUGGGGUCUGAAUUCUACUCCACGGGUUUUAGGAAAACGAAUUUUCUUUGUAUUUCAAUAAAAAGGGGUUGAAUUCUUAUUAGUAUUUA